AUGGCUGUUGCCACCACAACAUUUAGAGAAAGAAAAAAACGAAUCCAGAACUAUGUGGAGGGAGUAUUGCCAUAUUAUAGUGUUGAUGAUUUUAAGGACAGAUUCCGAAUCAGUAGGGAAACAUUCGACUCGUUAGUAGAACAAAUGAUUCCAUACAUAGAAAACUAUAUUAACAGAAAAGGUUACCCUUCCUUGAUACUUCAAGCAGUUUGCGACUGUAACCCUAAGUUUUUAGAUGUAUAUUGCGGGUGGCCUGGGUCAGUGCACGAUGCACGAGUCCUUAGAAAUUCCCCGUUAUUCAAGAGUGCUUCAGCAGCUGAAAGUGAAGAAAUCUACAUGUUUCCCAUCAACACACAUCUACUUGGAGAUUCAGCCUAUCCACUAUCCAACUGGUUAAUGGUACCUUUUAAGGACUUUGGAAACCUCAAUGAAAUCCAGAAAAGGUACAAUUACAAACAUAGUUCAACAAGAGUCUGCAUAGAAAUAGCUUUUGGAGCUCUUAAAGGACGUUUUCGCAGACUGAAAUUUGUGGAUCUGACAGACAUCAAAGCUAUUGUGCAUGUUGUACUAAGUUGUUGUUGUCUUCAUCAACCUGGAUUUCAUACAGGAUAG